GAUAACGCUGUAAAUGCUAACAGGUUAAACAGGCUCUCUUUAGUGAACACUAACAUCAGGAAUUGUGCAGCUUCACACGUGGAGUUGCUUUUAGCAGCCAGAAUGCUUUACGUGGUGCUGUAGACAGUCAGCUAGCCUGCAGCGGCUAACUUUUCUCCAAGCAGGUGCAGCUGAAAACACCACAGUGAGCGGGCAGUGUGUUCCUAAUGGCUCCAGUGGAUGAUGUCUCUGAUCCUAUUUGCCUUCGUGGUUCGGGUCAGGGAUGGACUCCCCCUGUCAGCCUCCACAGACUUUGAACACAAUCGAGAGCUCCAGGAGAGGAAACAACAACUCAGAACCAUCAGCAAAGCGCUGGCCCUGUUCCCCGAGAGAGGGACGAUCAAGGGCCAGAAUCUCAACAUAUGCUUCAUCUCUUUGGAGGGUGUGUCUUACAUGACCGUGUGCCACCGCAGCCUGCCCGUCGCUAAGGCCUUCUGCUUUCUGGAAGAUCUGCGCUGGGAGUUCACAGCUUCCUUCAACAGCACAGUUGUUGCCUUGGCAACAAGGCCAUAUCCUUUUUUGGAAUUUGAUGGUAAAAUCCAGAAAUUGAAGCAGCAGUACAACCAGAGUGGAGGCCCAGCUCUAGAAGUCACAUUGGUAGAGGUUCAGGAGGAUUUGAAGCGUCAUCCUCCACAAAUAAUUACCUUGGAAGAGUUGGAGUUAACCAAUGGCGCUGCAAAUGGGCACGUGGAGCAAAUCCCUGGCUCUGGUCAGAGUCUGAGGCUUGAACCAGUGACGCCACCAGGCAUCCUGUCUCUGGUCCUAAAUAUCAUGUGUGCAUCUUUAAACAUCAUCCGUGGUGUGCACCUUGUAGAGUACACAUUACAGGAUGACUAUGAAGGCAUAUGGAAUGUUGUGGCAUUUGUUCUGGCAUUUUCUUGCUGUGUGUUUCAGUGCCACUUAUACCUGUUCCACUCUUCUUCAAAGAAAUUUAAGUCCUUCACUCUGUUGACUGCAAUCAUCUUAUGCAACAUCUACCUGUUUGGUUUGAGGAAUGUGUGGCAGCUCCUCUUCCACAUUUCUGUUGCCUCCUUCUCUACCUUCCUCAUCCUCUCACGAAAACUUCAGGACAGAUUAAAUGACUGCGGGGUCUGAGGAGCCAUCUAUCGGGCUGCACUUUUCAGUGCAGGUGAGAAGGAAACGGUUUGAGCUUCGUGAAGACUUUCUGUGGAUUUUGAAGAGGAAACAUUCAGGAAUUUCUGUCAUCAUGGAUCUUAAUCAUUGGAUGUACAUAUCACAUAUUUGCAGUUUGUGUACAUUGCUUAUAAGAGGUUAAGAUACAGUGAAAUGUCAUUUUCGACUGAUGUUGUUUGCAGAUUGAAAGAAAAUUAUAGGAUGUCAUUCAAGAUGUCUAUUUUAGAACCAGUCAGGUUAUGUUUUUGAAGAUGUUAAAGGAUUUUUUUUUCCUUGGCAGUUUUGACCAAAAUUUUUUGUGUGUUAAUGUUUUUGUUUAAGUUUUUCUUUUAAGGUUCCUACUUUCUUUCACUUUAGUAUUACCGUAUUUUUGCUAGCAAAGACUUUCUUUGUUUUUUGAUUAAUGAAUGAGUUUACAGUAACAGGUGAAUGUUAAAGAUUGAUAUUACACCAAACUUAAAAAUAUAUGUUGCUGUCUAGUAGACGGUUAUGUACUCCAGUUCUCACUGGUGGCAGUGUGACUAAUUAUUUAUUGUAAUUUAAAGUAACACCAGAUUGGUGAGUGAAGGCAAAUGGUGCAGGUUAUUUGUUUUUAAUUUGUAAAUUAGCCUAGAAUUUGAAAGAUGGAAAUCUGUAGCUUUGAGUUGUCUUAUGCCUUACAGUGUGAUGAAGCUGGUAAUUUUAGUUUAAUAUGCUUUCAUACAAACAUUUCAAAUGCUCAGUUGUUCAUUACAAAAGUUUGAAUGUAAGGGCUGUGUUUAUUAAUGACUUAAAGGGACUGGGUUUUUUUUCUAGGCUGGCCUUUUUUUUAAAAAAAAAGAUGUUUUUUAAUUCAUCUUUUCACUCAGGACAAAAAAAUAACUAUUUGAAUUGGUGCAGUAUUGAUUUAGAAUGCAAACAGUUACAGGCUAUAUGAGAUAUUUGUACAGAGGAAGCUAAAAACAGAGGAAAUUUCUUAUUGUGGCCACUGAGCAGGCGAAAAUAUCAUUAGAAGUACCUGGUACCAUAGAGAGGACACUCACUAGGUGUAAAGAAACAAUUUAGGGUGCUUUCACACAUACUUUGUUUGGUCUGGAGCUUCAGACAUUUUAGUUUGGUCCAAACCAAAAUAGCAGGAGUGAAACCUGCCUUGUACCAUGGUCUGGACUAAAGGUGGUCUGGGUCCAGAUCAGACUGAACCAUGGUCCGGUGCAUUUAUAGUGUGAAAACACUUUUGGGAUAGUUUGGACUAUUGGACAAAUUACAGGAGUUCACAGUAAAAGUGUGACGUUGACCACUGAGCUCAUGGACUGGACUCGACCUAUAGGUACACAGUCACAUAGCAGACAAAUGCAAAUUGUGAUAAUUUAACCAAAUGAUUCACAGAAUCUGUUCAUUCAUUUGUGUCAGUUUAAAUGGAAAUAUUCACCAAACUGACAACAUGCCGGCAUCAGAUGCAAGCAUGUCUACAAGACAGUC